AAUGACGUAAGCACGUAAACAGAGACGCAACAGUCGCACAGCGUAGUCGGAGGAAGCAUUUUGUAAACAAGUGUAUUUAUUCCUCCGUCCACUGAUAUACUUACAUUUCCUGAAAGCGCACUUGUACGCAAACAGUCUGUCUUUGACACGCGGUGAGUUUACGAGUAAAAAACGAACACACACUCUGAUAAAACAGCUUUAGUGAAGCUAAGUUAGCAUGGCAGCUAGCCGACAGCGUUAGCCCACUUGGAGAGGCACGCCAUGGACCCUUUGAGUUUAGUUGCGGAUGAAGUGGCUCUGGAGGGGCUGGAUGGGAUCACUCUUCCCUCUUUAUGGAUCCGACUAGAGGAUAGAAAGCCCAAGUUUCCCCUACAGCUCGACGACUGCACCAAGGAGCUUCUCUGGAAGUCUCUCCUCAGUAACAGCGACCUGAAGUUCUAUGAGCUCCCACAGGAGAGAGAUGAUGUGGAGCUGACUGACAGGUUUAAAGACAUUGACCCAGAAACAGGCAUUGAGACAACACAGAGGUUUUCUGACACGCAGAGAGACAUCUAUCCGGUCCACAUCCUCCUAGAUAACAAGGAUGGGAUUCAGGGCUCGUGUGCAGUCCUCAAGGAGAGGAAAGAAAUCACUAAGCUUGUCCGCUCGAAAUCUUUUACUCCAACACUCACCCUACAGGAGGCUCUGGAAAGAUAUGGACGAAAGCUCGUUGUCGUGGCGUCUCAGGUGCUACGGUUCAGGACCCUGAUUGGCAUAGAGAGUGAUCCUGACCUGAAGCUCACCGAUGACUCUUACUGUGUGUUGGAACGAAUCGGCCGCGCUCGACGGCAGGGAGAGCUGCAGAGGGAUCUGCACAGAUGCUCGUUCAAAAUCGACGCUCGCAAAGUGCACUACUUGAGGAAGUCUCUUGUCAAAAAUGGACUCAUCACUGUGCAGUCUUAUGUCACACGCGCACGGUCGGGGCAGCAGCAGCACUCGGUUCUACUGCUGCUCAAACGCUUCCAUGUAAACAGGAGGAGUAAGUAUGACCUACUGAUGGAGUACGUGUCAAACCUCCUCCAGCAGAUGCCGGGUCAGUUCACAACCUUGAUGUCACUCAGACAACAGCUGAAUGUAAACGAUGGUACUUUUAAGCGGAUGUUUCAAUACAUGCGAUCUGCCAAGUUGGCUGAGUAUUGCAUGUAUCCUCUGGAGGACUUAGACCCCGCCGCUGGACCCUGCACCAACAAAAAAGGGAAGAAAGUGAUGGUCCGCUGUCUGAAACUGUUGAAGCCAUACUCAAAAAAGAACGUUACGGAUGACGACGAUGAUGAUGAUGAGGACGACGAAGAUGACUCUGGAGCUAGGAGGAGAGCGACUCCUGCACAGGGGCGAAUCAUGGAGACCGACAUCCUGUCACAGGCCUAUCAGUUAGUAUUAUCCUCUGGGACGAACGGAAUCGCAAAGAGUACUAUCGCCUUUAAGAUGAACAUCGGUAAGCUGGAAUCUCGAAUGAUCUGCCGAACGCUAGAGAGAGCCGGCGUGAUUAAGGGAUUCAUGGUGGACGAGGGUCGGCAAAGGACAACAAAGUUUAUCAGCCAUAAGUCUGUGGGCGUGAGCGAUCAACUCCAGCGCUUCGCCAAAGAGCAGGAACGGAACAAGCUGCUCUCCUCUUCUUCUUCUCAGACUCCAGAGAGCGCUCUGGCUUCUCCUGCAGCUGCAUCAACCUCAAAGUCCAGAGCAGAGGAGAAAAGCAAAACUCCUGCAAAACAGAAGGGUCAGAAAGCAGGCAGAGGAGGAAAGAGAGGCGCAGAGGAGAAUGGAGAAGGGGGGAAAGGAAGAGGAAAGGCUGGAGGAAGAGGAAAGGCUGCAGGGAAGAAUGAUGGUCCAAAAACCACAGAGCCUGAGGAGCCCGUUACACAACCUGUGACUGCUGAAAGUGAAACCCCGGACUCCAGCAAACCCCUAACACCAGACUCAGCAUCCAACUCCAGAGCAGAACCAGGUCAAGUUGAAGCAGAGGAGGAAGAACGCAGCUCAAGUCCAGUGAGCUCUCUGCCUCAGGCUGAGACGUUGAAUGCAGCAGAGAAACCAGAGGAGAACAGCGUUGAAGUUGUUAAAGAGCAGACCCACAGUCAUGGCAAAUCAUCCAAGAGAUCUCCAGAGGGGGGUCACGAGACGUACCGCCUGCUGAGGAGGAAAAACCUCAUCGUUGAAGCCGUCCGACACCACAAAGUCAUUGAGGGGACUUUCCCGCUUCAGAAGAUGAUCAACGACGAGGAGAAGCAGAACUGCAGCACUAGGUGUUGCAAGAAGACGAUUUUACGUCUCACUCAAAGUCUGUCCAGACAAGGCUUGAUCAAGAUUUACAAGACGACUAUUGUACAGGACGGCAUCACCAAGAAUGUUGAGAUGUUUGUUCAUCCGUCCAUUCUGCCCAGCGAUGACAUCGUGAAGCGAGUCAUCGAGCAGGUCCGCUUCAGGAUCUCCAGCUCUUACGCAGCGGUGCGCCUGCAGCAAGCUGAAGAGAGAGCCAAACAACUUGAGAAAGACAAGAAAAGAUAUGAUGACAGGGACUUCAAGCCCACACCAGUUCGAGGAUUGGGGAAGAGUCUCGGCUUUCAGCCCAAGAUGCAUCGCCUGCGUGUUAUUCACAACUUCCUCUGGUACCUGAUAUACGGACACCCACUGAGAAAAGAAACUCCUGGCUCCUCAUCAGACAGUCAAACACCAGCAAACACAUCUGAAAACUCAGCAGAGCCACAAACCGCAGAGUCUAAGUCUAAGUUGGAUGUGAUGUCAUCAGGGGAUGAAGAUGAAGAGCAGGACAAGUCAGAACCUGGUACCUCUCAAAAGAAAAUGACAGUGUACGCUGAUGAAGAGUCGUGGAGGAGAUUCGUGCCUCCCGUCUGUGUGCACAAGGAGUACGGUACGGGUUGGGCGAUGGUCAGCGACCUGCUCCUCUGCCUGCCGCUCUCUGUAUUUAUUCAGGUUAUCCAGAUCAAUUAUAAGGUGGACGGACUGGAGGAAUACCUCAGCGACCCAGAGAAACAACACCACUUGGUCCGAACGCUGCCGGCAAAGAUGAAAAGACAGCUGCUUUACAGACGGAAAUACAUCUUCUUAUUCCACGAGAACCUGCAGAGGCUGGUCUACAUGGGUCUGGUGCAGUUUGGUCCAGUAGAGAAGUUCAAGGACAAAGACCUGGUGUUUCUGUACCUGAAGCGCAACGCCACCAUCGUUGACUCCACCAGCUCUGAGCCACACUACUGGCUAGUCUCUGAGUCUCCUGACAAACCGUUUGAGAGGCGUCGGUACACGUUCAACACCGCUGAAGAUGUGGAAAACUACUGGUUUGACCUGAUGUGUGUCUGCCUCAACACACCGCUGGGGGUCAUCCGCAAUAAGAGAAACGCCCCGGUGGAUGUGACUGCUCCUUCCUUUGUGCACGAUCGUUACGUGUUUGCAGGACUGGCCUACCUGCUGAAGGGCAGCUGUGACGUGAGUGACGAAGGCUUGAUACCAGGUGAUGGUAAAGGAGCAGGAGGUCUAGACUCUGAGUUCUUCAGUCAUCUUAAACGUAACUGGCUGUGGACCAAUCACCUCCUCGCUGUGAAAACGGCACCAACUGGUACGGAGGCCAAGCAGACUAAAAUCAGACUGAGGAGCUUGCUGAGUAGAAAUGCUCUCAGGAUCGCACUGACGGCUGGAGGAACCACUGCACCGCGAUGUGUGACCAACAAGCGCUCAGUGAUGUUGGAAAAUGUCAAGGUGGGGAUCGAGCCUGCGAUCAGAAAUAAGCAGGUUGUAGGAGGAAAGGGUCAGAAGAGGAAGAGAAGCAAAAAGGAAGUCGUCAAACCUCCACCCAAGAAGAAGAAAGAGCCAAAGAAACGCACUCCUGCCCACGAUGAGGCCGACCACCGAGCUUUGAAAAUGAUGACCAGACAGAGAGUCCUCUGGUCCGUACAGGAGGACUCGCUGAUGAUGCUCUGCAGUGUGGCCUCACAGCUGCUCAACAGCAAGUUGAAAAGGCCGUUCAUACCUCACUGUGUGGUGAGAGACCUGCUCCACACUGAGUUUGAGAUAUCCGUGGAUAAAACAUCUGUUGCCGUCGGACGUCGCUCACGAUACAUCCUCAAAAAUCCUCAGACACUUCUGAACUACAGGAUCUGUCUGGCUGAGGUGUACGAGGACAAACCUCUGAUGAAGAUGUUGGAGGAGAAGAAACCUGUUGAUCCAGACAGUCCAGAGGAUUGUGCGACAGCGUUCUCCGAGUACGUCCGGCUGCUGCGAGAGAAGUUCAGCUCUGCUUUAGGUGCUGGGCUGCACGAUGUGGUCAUGCCCAACACGAAACAUGAGCUCUUUACACGAUUCAGAGUUUCAGCCAUAGAGCACAGAAAGCAGUUGUCACGCAAAGACACUCUCACCUGCACGGACGACAUUCAUGCUAUAGUGUUGCAUAACUUGAUCCAGAGCACUCUGGCAAUGACCAACAUCCAGAUGAAGUCCUCCAGAUCCUUUCAGACUUUCCACAUGUACAGCAAGUACAGUCAGGAGCUGCUGUGCCAAGUCUUCAUCCAGUGCAGGAAGAGAGGUCUGGUGAACCGCCGUCGAGUCAAUCAACCGUUUGGACCAAAGAAGAACCGAGCCCUGCCCAUCCUGCCCAUGUCCUACCAGCUGUCCCACUCCUAUUACAGGUGUUUCUCGUGGCGUUUUCCUAACUCGCUGUGCACUGAUUCCUUCCGCUUCAUGAGAACUCUGAUUAACAACGGGACGGCAGAUGACAAACCUUUCGCUACCUUCUACCAUGAACCUGAAAACAGGUCAGCACACGGGGAGAUAGUGACGGAGGGAAAAUCCGUGUCUGAAGAGAAAAAAAAGAGAAGCAAAGUGAAGACAACUAGCAGACCAGUGAGUGAGACAGAAGUGCAACCCGAGGAAGGAAACAGUGACCCCGCAAAGGAAGGAGAGAACAACCAAGAAAACCUGGAGGGAGAGGAGAAGCUGGUGGAGGUAAACGAUGAAAAACCAGAGAUGACAGGCGAAGCUGAAGAACAGAAAAACCCAGAAGAUUCCUCGACAGUCGGUACAGGUGAAGAUCAGCCCAUCACAGAGGAAACACAGGAUCCUUUACCUGAAGGUGCUUCCUCAGACUCCUUACCUGAAGCUUCAGAGGCAGAUGUGUCGGACAUGCUGCGCUUCUCUCUGGACUCUCCAGGUGGAGCCUGCGUGGCCUCUCUCAGCCUGAUGUCUCUGGGACUGCUGAGCGUGCACCUGUCCAUACCCAGACGGAUGGUGGUGGUGGACAGCACCAUGGUGGACAAUGAUGUUGUCAAGAGUCUGGCAGCUCUAGAUGAAGAGGACGAUGAGGAUGAAGACGGUGAGGAUUGUGAUGGGAAAAAGAAGCUGCAGGUGAAGGCACAUCAAGCAUCUCAUACCAACUACCUGAUGUUGAGAGGAUACUGCAGUCCUGGCAUAGUCCAACUCCGCAACCUCAACACCAGUGACAACAUCGUGUUGGAGUCCUGUAACAUGAAAGUGCAGCUGCGUAACACUCCUGCUCACCACACCUUCAGUAAAGAAAUUGCAGACUCUCCUCCUUUGGACAUGAUCAAAUAUGGUCCCUCGCUGGUGCCCUCAAUCCUCACCCGCUCCACCUGCUGCUCCUUCUCCUCCUCUGCGUCCGACGUGACGGAGUGUGAGAACCGAUUGGUUGAGGGAAAAGGUUACACUCCUCAGGAUGUAGAAGCCUGUGCUCGGAUCAGAAAGAGCUUAGAGGAAGCUGGUGAGAGUGGCAUGGAUAUACAGGAUCUCCACCAGACUCACAGACACCUGGAGGAGCAACAGUGUGGACGCACAAGAGGCCUGCAGCAGUAUUUGAAGGAGUUACAAGAAGAAGGACAGGUGCUACAAGUUGGGAGUUUCGCCGCCCGUUGGGUGCUCACCCAGCAUGCUGAGCCAUGGCUGCUGACUCUGAACUGCAAACAGUGGUCCCAGUCCCGCUCCUCAUCGGACAAACUGACCUUUCUGCAGAGACAGCACAACUUCCCCUUCAUGCGCAAGAGAUGCAGGCGAGGAUUUCGACGAGAGAAAGAGGAACCACCUGCAAAAAAACUAGCUGUGGACAGACAAGAGGAUGAGGACAGGGAGGAUGUUGAGGCAGUAUCCACUGAUGUAAAAAGAGAUGAAGGGACGCAGGAAGAACAGCCUGAAAAGCAGAAGGAAAGUCUGGAUGAUGGGACUGAAGAGAAAGUGUUGAACGCAGAAAAUGAGGGAGAGAAGCAGUUGCUGCUUGAAGAGGAAGGAGGGAAGGAGACGGAGCAAGAGAAGGUGGAAAUUGAAGAAAGACGGGGAAAGAGGAGAGAGCGUAGAGCAAGGAAGGGCAGUAUUGACGAAGACACAGCAGCUGAUGAUCAUGAUGCGGAUGAAAAUUUGAGCUUCAUCAGCCGCCCAUGGAGAAUGGUUGAUGGGAGCCUGAACCGGCCAGUUUGCAAAGGCAUGCUGGAAGGCCUUCUUUACCACAUCAUGUAUCGACCCGGACUCACGCAGAGGUCUCUGGUGGAACAUUACAAAGCUCUGCUGCAGCCGAUGGCGGUGCUGGACCUGCUGGAGGCGCUCAUAUCUUUGGGCUGCGUGAAGAAGAAAACCGUGGUUAAAGCUCCUAAACCCUCGCUCUUCACCCGCUCUGUGCCUCAGACGAGAAGUGAGACACAAGUGAUGAUUGAAGACCCAGACUCCGUUUUUUAUGAGCCCACAAUCAGCUGCUCUCUGCGACUCCCUCAGGUGUUACCCAAUGAACGAAACUGGAACACUUAUCUACCGUGAAUGUAAUUAAGGACCUCACAUGGCCUGCACUUGUCCUUACCUGGCCUUGUUUCACAGUAUUCACUGUAUUCACAUGGCUCUUCCUGUGACGUCAUCCUCAGUGUGGAAAGUAAAAAUGAUAUUAUCAUGUUGUACUGUUUGACAAGUUGUUAGAGGAAUGUUAAAAUAAUCAUUUCACUGCUUAAGUGUUAAACAUCAGCUUUCAUGGCAGUAGAUGGUUGAAUAUGGAAGAACAUCAGGAUAUAGUUCAAGGUGAGGCACUAUAGAUGAGAUCCGGUAAGCCAGGGGUGACAAAGACUUGUGACCCCCACUAUCCCUUGAACAACUUUUAGCUUCACACUUCAUUUUGCUGGUCUGCAAAAAAAUUAGACACCAACAUGCUCAUGUAGCUUUGUUUCCUGUGCUGCUAUGAAUUAACCUCUGUUACUGAUGCUUUUGUAAUUAAUCGUCCCAACCUAAGGCGUUAUCUAGCAAUGUAUUUGCAAGGUUUUAAUUUCAAAUUGAAUUACUUUAAACAGUAAUGGACAAUCUACGAAAUUUUAGAUCACUUCUUGCGACCCCCAAUUAGUGUCUGGGGACCCCCCAGGGGGUCCCGACCCCUACUUGGGAACCCCUGCAGUAAGCUACCACUUUUUUCAAAACUGAACUUUUUGAUAGCAUAGCAUGAUACCAUAGGAAAAGACUGAAUUCCUAGCUGUAAUCCUAACAGUAAUGUAAACUAUCUCUCAGCUGUUAGCUCUCCUGGCUCAAGUUAUUUCACCUCAGAGAUAAUUAGCCUUAUUACAAUGUAAAAAAUACCAACAUCUAAUGUUAGCUUUCAACAGUUAAUAGCUAAAAGACCCAUCUGCUAACUAACAAAAACAUACCCUAGCUAAGAAUACACGUCACUGUUAGCGACAAAUUUAUGCGUUUCCUUUUGUAUCCAGUAAACUGUCAAACAUAUUGUUAGCCAAUAACUAGCUGAGUGCUCUUUUAAGCUGCUGUUAAACAGUACUUAAUAAGCAGGCAGCUAGGUAAACAUGAAAGCUUAUUUGACAACCAACUGGAUAGCCAUAGCUAAAGUUAGAAUUCAACAAUAGCUAGCUAACUUAACUGUUUGAUAGCUAUUUAUUGCGUUUGCUAGCUCACCUCACAGCAAGAAUUUUCAACUUUCCUUUUGUAUCCUGUAACAUGAGGAAACAGAAGUGAUAGCCAGGAAGUGUUUGAAUUCUAGUGUUGGCUGUCGUUAAAUGAUAGCUAACAAGUUAUUACACAAAAUGCUGUUUCAACUUAAAACCACCCACUAUUACUUUAAUAAUAAAGCAUUGAAAUGUCAACAACUUGUCAGAUUCUGUUAACUUAAAUUACAAACCACACAACAGUAUAACAUGAUGACAGCAUUUGAGCCUCCAACCAGAGCUUGACAUCUGAGGAUAAAUAACCAGUGUGUAUAGUGAAUAAGGUGAACAAAGUGCAUUGUAAGGCUUUUUAAGUGAAAGCCUCUGGUUGUGUGAUACAAAGAGAGUCAUCAAGUUUUUUGAAUGAUACCCUUUACUUCUGGUUUUACAGAACUUUUGUUGUACAUUUUUUAAAGUUGUGUGUUUGUGUUCAUUGUGCUUGUUACAUUAAAAUUAAUAAAAAUGCAUCACAAGUA